CUGUAAAAUAUCACAUUUUACCCGCUUUCCUAUCGGUGGCCGCAAAAAUACAUUUCGUUUGAAUCACCACUAGGUGGCAGCAUUGCGCCUCGGACUUCUUUGGAGCUCAAGAAGAAGAAGGAGAAGCGCGUCUUCUUCUCACAAUUCUGAGGCACGUGAACAUCAAAUAUAUUCCUAAUAUUUGUGUCGACCCCCUACUGUAUUCUGUUUUGGUUCCGGUUCUGGAGGCUUAAAAAUGAACUUCGAGGCGGGCAGGUUGGAAGUCCUGCAGCUGCUGAGCAGAUUGAGUCCCUCCGAGCUGCCGAAGCUACUGGACUGGAUGAAUAACUCAGACGACCUGGAUCACCUGCUGGACGACAACAACAAGGUGAUCCUGCAGAACAUCGCAGACGACCUGAGGGCCCAGCUGCCUCUGGACGCUAUGCUGCCCUCAGAGACCACAGCCCACCUCAAGAUGCAGCAGUGCGCACGCCCCACCGUGCACGUGGACAGCUUCCUGUACUCUGACGAGCAGGUGGACUCUCUGUGUGAGGAGGGGGCCAUGAGCAGAACCUACUGCCUCAGAUGUGGAUCCACCCAGACCGCUCCUCUAGACUUCAUCUCUCACUCCUUCUCAGCGGCAGAACUUCAGUUCCUGUUCCAGAACGUCCUUCCGGACCUGAGUGGCCGGACGCUGGUGGACGUUGGCUCCAGAUUGGGGGCGGUGUUGUACGGGGGUUACGUCUACAGCUCAGCCUCUAAGCUGGUUGGUCUGGAGCUCAGUGGGGAUUUUGUCCAAAUGCAGAACGACAUGCUGCAGAAGUACCAGAUGACGGACAGAGUCCAGGUUCUCCAUGCUGAUGUUUGCACCCAAGAUGUUCUGCUGCAGAACGCAGAUGUGCUGAUCAUGAACAAUGUCUUUGAAUUCUUCAUGGAGCCCAGCGAGCAAGUCAGAGCAUGGACUUUUAUCAUGCAGAACUUCAGGAGGGCAGGAUGUCUGCUGGUUACUGUCCCCAGUCUGCAGGAGAGUCUGAACCAUCUCCAGAUUCAGUUGCAGCCGGGAUGGCUGGAGGAGCUUCCUGUGGAUCACAACGUCUAUCUGGGAAAAGAUGCAGACCCCGAAAGCCUCGCUCUGAUCCACCUGUACAGGGUCAUGUGAUCGAGGAACGUCAUACCUCAGACACACCUGUGCCAGGUCAUGUGAACAAGGAGUAUCCCACUUGUUGUUUAUGUGACAAAGGACAGCCACACCUGUCUGGGGUCAAGUAAUGACAGGCAAUCACACCUGUUCAAGGUCAUGUGACUGAAGACAUUCACCCUUCUGGUUCUCCUGUGAUAUAGACAGAGGACAGUAACGUGUGCAGGAACAAGUGACAGAACCUGUGUAGUAUCAUGUAUAUAAUUGGCUGAUGUAGUCAUUUGUGCAGAUGUGGUUACCUGAAGACAGACACUCAACAGAUCACAUAAAGUGAUUUAUAUAUAAUGCAAAUUCAACUGAUAAAUAAAGCUGUUCUCUGUCUUCCAUGCAAA